AUGCUGCGAAAGUUUCAAGCAUGGCUUGAGGUGGAGAAAUUUGUAGCGAAGGCGAAGGGCGGAGUCCAGAGUGAGCCGGCGGAGGCCUCGGCCGUGGAUGCCACCGGUGACGACGGCACCGAGCAGCGCUUUCGCCUCCUGCGGAGCGUGGGCGAGGAAUGCCAAACAGAGCCAGAAUUGAAGGAAUUAUUGAGGCGGAAAGCUUCGUUCAAUCUUUACGAUGGCUUCGAGCCUUCUGGCCGAAUGCACAUAGCACAGGGCCUUUUCAAGGCCGUCAAUGUGAACAAAUGUACUGAAGCUGGAGGCAUUUUCAAAUUUUACGUGGCGGAUUGGUUUGCUUUGAUGAACGACAAGAUGGGAGGAGACAUGAAAAAAAUCAAGGACACCGGCAUGUAUUUCGUGCACGUCUGGAAGUCUUGCGGUAUGAAGAUGGAAAACGUGCGCUUCAUCUGGGCUUCGGACUUUAUCGAAGAGAACGCCACUGAGUAUUGGACCAAAAUGUUGGACAUCAGCAGAGUUACUUCCCUGGUCCGAGUGAAAAGGUGCUGCACCAUCAUGGGCCGCGAGGAAGGAAACCUCACAGCUGCCCAGAUCCUUUAUCCUCUCAUGCAGUGUACAGACAUCUUUUUGCUGCGGGCGGAUAUUUGCCAAUUGGGCCUUGACCAAAGGAAGGUGAAUAUGCAAGCCAGAGAGUACUGCGGAUCAGUUGGCAUCAAACACAAGCCUAUUAUUCUGUCUCAUCAUAUGCUGAUGGGAUUGAAGGCUGGGCAAGCCAAGAUGUCCAAGAGCGAUCCCGAUUCUGCCGUUUUCAUGGAGGACACUCCAGAAGAUGUAAGACGGAAGAUCACCAAUGCGGCAUGUCCCCGUGAAAAAGAGAAAAAGUCCGCAAAGCAGAGCGAGUUGCAGGGUGAUGACACAGAGGAGUGGAUUUUGAACAAUCCAGUGAUCGACUAUGUCCGCUACCUCAUUUUGGAAAAUUCCAAAGGCCGACAUACCAUUACCAUUGAUGGAAAGACCUAUGAUGAGGCUGAUAGUUUGGAAAAAGAUUUUAUUGAAGGAAAGAUCACAGAGAAAGGACUCAAAGAGGCCUGCAUUGAAAGACUGAACGAGAUCAUGGCAGGAUGCCGAAAGCACUUCGCAGAGGACAAGGAGGCGAGAGAUUUGGUGGCUCUUGUGGAACAGCACAAAGCGGAGGUUCAGCGUGACAAAGACUCUGGCGUCGUGAAGGCAUCCCCGUUGCGGAGCUUGCAGGUCUUCUCUGAGACGGGCACGGCCGUGGCGGUGGUCUUCGCCCCGCGGCCCGAUGGCGCCUGUGCGGUCACCGCCGAAGCCACGCUGUCGGCGCUCAGGGCCUUGGUGCGCGGAAGGAAGCCUGGUGCGAAGUUGGUGCUUUGGUGCGAAGACUGGUCAUGCUUAGCUUUGGACAAGAUGAACGGUGAUCUCAAGGCCAUCGCUGCGUACUAUGGCAUCCUGGCUGAGUCCGUAAAAGCCUUGGCCAAAGCUGUGAAACUGGACAUCGAGGUGAAACUGCAGUCCGAGGAGAUCUUGCGCAAUCCCAACAUGUACUGGAUCAGUGUCAUUGACGCGGGACGAAAGAAGCGCCUCACUGCGAAGGGAGAGGAGCCGGUCAUUGGUCUUGAGGAGGUUGCCAAUCACCUCCCAGCUGGAGAGAGCUUGACCGAAAGUGGUCAGGUUGUUGCAACCUUGAUGCAUGUGGCUGACACGCUGGCACUCUGUCGUGGAGUCAAAGAAGUUACCAUUUACUCCGACGAGAACUGCGAACGCUACCACACUUUGGGGAUGCAGUACUUAAAGGAGAAUUUCGCAAACACCGAGGUCUGCGUUCCAUCUGUUGAUGUGGAGAAAAAGAAGUCAGAUGCUUCCAUCUCUUUGGUCCUUGGAGAGGGCGAGAGCAUAUGGAACAGUAAGAUGAAGAAAUGUUACUGUUUGGAGGGGGAGCUGGCCAACAAUCCAUUGAUGGAUUUGCUCGACUUGGUCCUGUCCUGUGAGCUCUUGGAUACUAGUCGACCCCUCUUGGAAGUGCGGCAGAAAGCGGAACAUGGGGGAGACAAAGACUAUGCUUCGUUGCCGGAGGUGACGAAAGCCUUCGGAAGCAAAGAACUUCAUCCCUCGGCGUUCAAGCCAGCGGCACAGGAGCGCGUGAAGAGUGCACUUGCGCCUUUGGUCCAGCUACCUAAAGAGGCAAACUUUAAGAAAUGCUGCACGACCUUGGACAACUUCAUCAAGGCUCAGAACAAAAAGGUUACCGGUUCUCAAACCAUGAGCGCCCCAGAGACCUUCGGCCUUGGCAACCCCUAUGGCGACCCCAAUUGGUACAACGGUGCCUACCACAGCGCCUACUACAAGGAGACCCAUAAGGCCUGGCGAAAGCGAUGCCGAGCUUUUGUGGACGAACACAUCAUUCCCUUCGUCAGCCAGUGGGAGGUGAACAAGGCAGUGCCCAAGGAGACUUACAUCCAGUGUGCAGAGGCUGGGCUUUUGCCUAUUGUGGUGGGCGCCCACUCCGGUGCCUUUGACCUGGUGCCCUACGAUGCCCCUGAGGAUUUGGAUUACUUCCAUGAGCUGAUCUUUGUGGAUGAGCUCGCCAGAUGCGGAAGCGGCGGAGUCCUGUGGGGACUCAUCGAGGGGCUGCAGAUCGGUCUUCCACCGGUGCUGAACUUCGGUUCGGACGAGAUGAAGAAACGCGUGGCCCCGGACUGCCUCAUGGGGAAAAAAAUCAUCUCCUUGAACAUCACAGAGCCGAACGCUGGAAGUGAUGUGGCUGCCAUCAAGACAGUGGCUAAGAAGGAUGGUGACUUUUACAUUGUCGAUGGAAACAAGAAAUGGAUCACAAAUGGCAUCUUCUCCGACUACUUUACUUGUGCAGUGCGCACUGGUGGCCCAGGUAUGCGCGGAGUCUCGAUGCUUCUUUUGGAGAAGGGCCCCGGGAUCACAACGAAGAGGAUGGACUGCCAAGGUGUUUGGCCAAGUGGCACAACCUAUGUGGAAUUUGAUUCGGUUAAGGUGCCUGCGAAAAACCUCAUUGGCAAGGAGAAUGAGGGCUUUGGUGUCAUCAUGAAGAAUUUCAACCACGAGCGCUGGGGCUUCGUGGUGCAGGCCAGCCGACUCAGUCGAUGCUUGAUCGAAGAUUCGUGGGAAUUUGCGAACAAGCGAUCCACUUUUGGGAAGAAACUCAUUGAGCAUCCAGUGAUCCGCUGGAAGCUCGCGGAGAUGACUCGGCAGGUCGAGGGAAUCCAUCACUGGUUGGAGAACUUGACCUUUCAGCUCUGCAAGAUGCCCAAGGACCAGGCCAUGACCACCCUCGGCGGCCCCAUCGCACUGAUGAAGGCUCAUUCCUCCAAGGUCUUUGAGUACUGCGCCCGUGAGGCGCGCCAGAUCUUUGGAGGCAACGCCUACACUCGAUCCGGCCUGGGAGAGAAGGCAGAGAGGCUCUACCGAGAUGUGGGCGCCUACGCAAUCCCUGGUGGAAGCGAGGAGAUUCUGCUGGAUUUGGCUAUUCGCCAGGGCAACAAAUCCAAGCUUUGA